AUGACUUGCGAAACUAUUUGCGAGUGCUACGACAUUGUCAUCCUUGGAGCUGGACCAGCAGGUUUGUCAACUUUAUCGGCUUUGCAAGAAUCAUUCUCAAUGGACCAGAUGACAGAUCUACAACGUAACCAUGUAUUUUCGCACUGCCGAAAGUCCACGAAGGGUUCGAUGAAGCGAAAGAAGGUUGCAGUCGUUGAUCCAAGUGGUGAAUGGAUGACCUGUUGGAAUCAAAACUUUUCCAAGCUGGGCAUUUCCUUUCUUCGAUCUCCUGCGAUGGCUCAUCCGGAUGCCUUUGAUGGAUCCUCAUUGGUUGCAUAUGCUGUCACCAACGAACGGGAAGCUGAACUACGCGCCUCUGGAUGUGCUGACCAUUGUCAGUUGCAGGGAUUGGCAGAGGUCCACACCGGUCUAUGGAAUCUACCUUCGACUCCACUAUUUCGCGACUUUUGUAAGGAUGUCUCUUCCAGACUUCCUCAUACGUUUUAUGCGGAUCAUGCCGUGGACAUUAAAAAGGAUGCUUCCAAAGAUUUAAAUUUUUCGGUUCAUUUGAAAAGUGGCGGAACGCUUAAGUCCAAGGCUGUUGUUUUGGCAAUGGGAGCUUUGGGCGACGCGAUCAUCCCCAAGGGCAUUGCUACCGUUCCAGACGAAAGGUUGCUGCACUGGAAAAACUUGGAAUACUCUUCCUCUAAUCCUGAGCAUGGAAUACCAUGCGAAUGGAAUGACAUUCUUGUCGUUGGGGGAGGUCUUACUGCAGUGCAAGUUUCCCAGUUAGCGCUCAGGGGCAAACCAAGUUGCAAAGUCACCCUGUGCAGUCGGCGACCACUUGUAGAAAAGCAUCUGGAUAUUGGAUUGGAAUGGGCGGAUAGGCGAGUAGCUACAAAGUGCCAAGCUGACUUUUAUCAUCAAAGUGUGGAGAGUAAAGUGGCCAUGCUAAAAGAGGCUCGAGGUGGUGGAAGUGUACCGCCAUGCUAUGUACGGGAUGUGGAGAAUCUUGAAAAGAAAGGUCGCUUGACACGAAUUGUCGGCAAUGCCACCUUUCACGAAUCUGAAGCGGAACUUUUGGAAUUCAUGCCAAGUCUACAAAGCGCUUCGAACUUCAAGGAGAAAGGUGAUUCGCCCCUGCUCAUUACGAUCGAAUCCAAAGUACAUAGGUACGAUGGUGUCAUUGUAGCCUGUGGAGUUCGACCUGACUGCCGCAAAAAUCCAGUCUGUGCUAGUCUCUUACAGCAAUUCAAUGAUGCAAAGCAAGCUCAUGGCUUCCCAUUGGUCACAGAAGACUUGGAGUGGAUGAGAAACGUUUUCGUGGUUGGUGGUAUGGCAAGUCUCAACUUGGGUCCUGAUGCCGGCAAUCUGAUGGGUAUGCGACGUGGUGCCACCAUUGUCGCUAAUACCUUGAGAUGCCAUUCGUGGCUUCGAGACACAGGGAAUAUUUUAGCCAAUAGAUUUGGGGCCUUUGAUGACUUCUCGUCAUCGGACGAAGAAACUGAGUCAGAGUCGGAAGAUGAAUCUUCAUCAGAGACGCCAUCUCAAGACGGCUCCAUUUCCUCGGAGGAAGACCUACAAUUUGUUCUUGCGAUGGCCGAGUAG